AUGUUUUUCGCCGCCGGUCGAAACAACCCAUCAUUGUCGUCGUCGUCUGCCACCGAAGAGGAUUACUACAUGGCUGAAUGGGGCUCACAGGAGAAGGAGAAAGGGCUACAUCGAGCUAACUUGAAGUUUGCUGAAAAUAGCAGGAGGGAGCGAGGGAUAAGUUCGGCUUGCAAUACUGCACCGACUAACGACACAUCCUCUUCGUCUCCAGCAGAAUUUGCGGUUUGA